AACAACCUUUUGGUUGAAGACAUCUCUAUACUCUGGUUUCCUGUUGCUUUUUGGUUCUUCGUCUGGAGGCUGUCUGGAUAGGGUUUCAUAUAUAUAUAUUGAAGGAUCAGAAUGUAAGCCAUGUUCUACCCUGCAGCCCUGUGUGAGUGUCUCAGAGGCGUCCUCCUUGUCCUCGUCCCUGUCCCCAGCCUCCGUCGCUAAGGACGUCUUCUUCAACAUCGCCACUGAGGAAAAGGAGGAUGGAAGUGACUAUGAGAACCCAAGCCUGGAUGAGGAUGUAGACAGCAGUGUGGAGGAUCUGAUGGGUUUAAGCUGCUCCUUCAUAGACUCAAACUAUUACAAAGACCAUCAAGGGGCACGCUCUGUAUCGGUUGCCACAGAAACCAGCCCUCCUACCCUGGGCUUUCCCAGUAGAUAUAGAGACAGUCCCCAGCACAGCUCCCAGCUCCAUCCCAAUCCACAUCCCUAUCCAUAUCCCUAUCAAGAGACUGAAAACAAAUCCAUACCCCAUCACACUAUUGUGGUCACCCAGUUCAACCCUAACCUGUCGCUGUCAGGCAGUGCCAUGGACGGCUAUAACAGUGAGUCGGUGGACCCUGUGGGUGUGGUGAGCACUAUGGUGAAUCUGAAUGGACCAGGAGGACAAGGAGACAUGAUGGAUUCUGACAGAGAGAGCUUCCCUAUCCUGAUCAGGUCCAUGUCUACAUCACGGAGACACAGCUUGGGCAUGCCCAUGUCUCCCAUCGACUUGGGGAGGAGGCUGAGCCUGGAUGCCAUAGACAGCGAUGGAGAGAGGGAUGACUCUCCCUCCCACCUACAGGCCUUUAUAUACCCAGGAUGCCCUGAGCAGGAAGUGGAGGAGUCAGAUGGGACAGACCUCUCCAGAUCUGAAGCCAAGGAGACAGAAACGGAGGAGUGCAGUCGGUCUGGAAGGACAUACUCCAGAACAGAGAUUCUGGCCACAGAUGAGCGUGUUCACGUUGCACACGUGUCUCGCGUGGUGGAGACAUCUAAGAGGGCAGCAGGAGAGGAGCUGGACCCAGAGGAAGCCAACUUGCACACUGCAGAAGGACAGAGUCAUAUAGCCAGGCAGAGGACCACAAGGCCAGAGGGGAAGGAGACAGGAAGUAGUGUCACCUGGUAUGAAUUUCUCUCCAACGAAAAUGAGGAAGAGGAGGACCGAACAGAGAAAGUGGAGAAGGGAACCAAAGUAAAGCGCACCCUGAGCUCGCUUAGGAACAGAAUGACUGGCUCAUUCAACAAAGACAAGCAGGGUAAGAACCGAGAGAAAGAGCAGCAGAAGGGGAAGGAGAGGGAACCCAAAGAGAAAGAGAAACUGCAUCACAGUAGUAGCAGUGGGCAUAAUUUGGUGCCAGGCUCCUUCUCUAGCUGUGCCACCUGCUCACUGUGCAGUAAGGCCCUGCAGAAAAAGCAUGGUCUGCAGUGCCUGAACUGUGCAGUGAACGUUCACAGGAGUUGUCGGACGCUACUAGCUGAGUGUAACAGCAGCAAGAACAAGAAGGAUUCUCUGCAUAGGACCUCCACAGCAGCGUCGCCGAACCUCGCCCUGAGGGAUCGGGACCAGUCUUCUUCGGCCCUUGAUUGCCCCUUCGGUACUCCGCGCAUCCCAGGCAUGACCCUCACCCCGCGGGGACCCAGUGCUCAGCCUGCCUCAGCCGCCUUCAACAGCUCUUCCUCCAGCCACACUGCUGCAGCCAGCCUCAACCACAGCCACAACAGCCGCACCGGAUCCCUCUCAGGGGACAUGGACGAACCGGACAGCCUACGCUUCGCGGUCAAGCGCUUAAACGAGGACGCCGUCUCCCUGGCCCCUUCCACCACUGAGUCCAUCGUUGUAGAAGAUGCGUACUACUCUGCAUUUCGAGCUGAUCUGGAGUCUGAUGCCCAGGACCUGGAGGUGGAGUCAUGGAGUCUGGCUGUGGACCAGCAGUACCUGAAGAAAUAUACCAAGGAGAUGGUCAAGAGACAGGACGUUAUCUAUGAGCUGAUGCAGACAGAGAUGCACCACGUGCGGACCCUGAAGAUCAUGCUGCGUGUGUACAUGAGGGAGCUGAAGGAGCACCUCCAGAUGGACGAGCUGUUCCCGCGCCUAGAGAGCCUGCUGGAGCUGCACACAAACUUCCUGUCCCGCCUAAAAGAGCGGCGCCGAGACUCCACGCAGCCCGGCAGCGACAGGAACUACAACAUACAGAGACUCGCUGACAUCCUCACCACACAGUUUUCAGGUGAGAAAGGGGACCGGUUGAAGGAGAACUAUGGGGAUUUCUGCAGCCACCACACCGAGGCUGUCAACUACUACAAGGAGCAACUACACAACAACAAGAAGUUCCAGAACCUCAUACGGAAAGUCAAUAAUUUGUCCGUUGUGAGAAGAUUAGGAGUGACAGAGUGUAUUCUCCUGGUGACACAACGCAUCACCAAGUACCCUGUGCUGGUGGAACGCAUCGUGCAGAAUACAGAAGUGGGUACGGAGGAACACGAGGAGUUGACCAGGUCUCUGGGUCUGAUUAAAGACUGCAUCGUCCAGGUGGAUGCCCUGGUCAACCUGCAUGAGAAGGCCUCGCGCCUCCGAGACAUCGCCCACAAGAUGGAGCCCAAGUCCCUCGGCAAGAUCAAAGAUGGCCGUGUGUUCCACAGAGAGGACCUGGCCCAGGGUCGACGCAGGCUGCUGCACGAGGGGACGGCCAACCACAAGGCCGCCUCCGGCAGACUCAAAGAUAUUGUGGCUGUGCUGCUGUCAGACGUGCUGCUGUUACUCCAAGAGAAGGACCAGAGAUAUGUUUUCUCCACAGUGGACAACAAGCCCUCAGUGAUCUCCCUCCAGAAGUUGAUAGUGAGGGAGGUGGCCCACGAGGAGAGGGCCAUGUUCUUGAUCUGCGCCUCCUCCAAUGAGCCGGAGAUGUACGAGAUACACACCGCCUCCAAGGAGGAGCGCAACUCCUGGAUGACACACAUCCGGCAGGCCGUGGAGAGUUGUCCACACACUGAGGAGAGACUCUUCAGUGAGCAGGAGGAGGCUCGAGCCGCCAGAUUCAACGAGUUCCAAGAGUGUCUGAGCCAGAAGGACGCCCAGAUCGUGACGUUCCUGACAGAGAAGCUGCAGCUGUUUUCAGACAUGUGUCUGGUGUCUGGUCACGAGGAUACGACCUUCCGCUCCCGCCUAAUGCUGCGAGGUGACGCCUCAGACCUCCACCAGGGGGAGACACUGCUCAAGGGGACCAUCACUGAUGUGGAGAGUCUUCAGAACCUGUUGCUGUCUGGUGUGAGAGAGCCAGCUUCACGCCUACAGGAGGGUUCAGGGUCCGGGGCUCUGCCCAGGAGAGCAGACACCUUCGGGGGCUAUGACAGCAGGCCCAUCAUCCUCAACAAGAGCAUUGUGAAGAAGAAGAAGCACAGUGGAGGGGGCAUGGCCAGAGACGGGACCCAGAAAGGCUGCUCUGACCCCCAGCUUACGAAGAUCCAGGCUAGUCAGACCCUGGAGCAACCACAGGCUGAUGAUGAUGAUGAGGAGGAGAAGGAAGAGGCCUCUCCAGCCACCUGGAACCCCAUCUGGUCCAACACCUUCCCUGAGGCUGAGUUCUUUGACCGGGUGCUGAUGCUGUCCCAGAGACUCUACAGCCUGCAGGCCAUCAUCGCCAAGCAGGACAGCCACAUCGAGCUGCAACGUGCCUCCCUCACUGAGCGCGCCUCCUUCCCUGGGCGUCAUCGCGGCAACGUUCUCCUGGAGCAGGAGAAACAGAGGACGUUGGCCCUGCAGAGGGAGGAGCUGGCCAGCUUCCACAAGCUGCAGUCACAGCACCGUCAGGAGCAGGCUCGCUGGGAGAGGGAGCGGGAGCGCCACCGGCUGCAGGCCGAGGCCAUGGAGGGGAUGCUGAGGCAGAGAGAGGAGAACUGCAGGAGGCUGGAGGAGAAGCUGGCGGAAGAGAGGGAGGACCUGGAGAGACAGAGAGAGACGUACCAACAGGAUCUGGAGAGACUGAGGGAGUCGACCCGCACAGUGGAGAAGGAGAAGGAACGCCUGGAGCAGCAGAGGAAGAUCAAGAGGAAGACCAUUGAGGUGAUGCCCUUCUCUGGCAGUCUAAAUGGGGAUCUCCUUCUGGGCGUGGGCAGUAGCGGCAGCGUCGGAUCAGACCUCUCCGUCCCCCAGAAGGCCCUUGUUCGUUCCAGCCCUUCUGUGGCGCCCGCAGACUACCUGGAGCGUCCUGAGGUUCUGGCUCGGGGUCAGGGCGCCAACGCCACGGCGCUGCCGGUGAAGAAGGAGGUGCCUCUCCACCUGUGCAGCACCACCAACCAGCAGCACAAGCAGGUGGGUGUCCAGCAGCAGAUCCCCACCAAGCUGGCAGCCCUGAGCUCAAAGAAUUCGAAGAGUGCCAAGGCCACCCAUCGCACCGACAGCACAGCCUCUCUGGAUAUGAAGCAAAUGCUGCCUAUGAAGUUGUCAGCCAGAGAGGACGGCACUCUGAAAGCCAAGCGCUCCAUCAGCCCUAACCAGCAGUUUCCUCACACCCUAGUCCACUCCCAGUCCAUGCACUUGACAGUUUCAUUGAGCCCUCCAGACAGGGGGCCAGAGAACCAGCCCGCCGGCCUACAGAAGCCCCCCAGCCAGGCCUCCAACCCCCUGCACGUCCACACCCAGCCCCAGGCUCCUAACCCCCUCCACACCCAGAGCCCUAACCCCCUUCCUGCACAGGCCCCUGUCCACGGCCACAGCCUGCCCCCUCCAGGCAGGAUCUCCGAGGAUGUAAUCUUCUUCUGAGCCCCCCCCCCCCCCCCCCACGGCAGUCAGGGACCAAAGGGGGGCCUAUGAUGUCAGAUCUCUAGAAACUGUUCACCAGAGCUCUGGAACAGAACACUUUUCCUUUUUAAAAGAUGUCAUUUAAAAAAUUAAAAAAUAACUCUGUUCAAUCUUUCUUAGAAGAAUCUAUAUUAUCAUGUCUCCCUAAAACUAAUUCCAAUAAUUGUAUUGAAUCAUUUUUUUAAAUUGAACCUCCGAUUAUUGAAUAUGAAGAAAGACAGCUAUGAUUAAUAUGAAGGUUUAUGUUAAACAUGAAGGGGUCACGUGACGAUCUGGACAAAUCCAGAGAGAGAGAGAGAGGCGCGAGAGAGAGAGAGGCGCGAGAGAGAGAGAGAGGCGCGAGAGAGAGAGAGAGGCGCGAGAGAGAGAGAGAGGCGCGAGAGAGAGAGAGAGGCGCGAGAGAGAGAGAGAGGCGCGAGAGAGAGAGAGAGGCGCGAGAGAGAGAGAGAGGCGCGAGAGAGAGAGAGAGGCGCGAGAGAGAGAGAGAGGCGCGAGAGAGAGAGAGGCGCGAGAGAGAGAGAGAGAGGCGCGAGAGAGAGAGAGAGAGGCGCGAGAGAGAGAGAGAGAGGCGCGAGAGAGAGAGAGAGAGGCGCGAGAGAGAGAGAGAGAGGCGCGAGAGAGAGAGAGAGAGGCGCGAGAGAGAGAGAGAGAGGCGCGAGAGAGAGAGAGAGAGGCGCGAGAGAGAGAGAGGCGCGAGAGAGAGAGAGAGAGGCGCGAGAGAGAGAGAGAGAGGCGCGAGAGAGAGAGAGAGAGGCGCGAGAGAGAGAGAGAGAGGCGCGAGAGAGAGAGAGAGAGGCGAGAGAGAGAGAGAGAGGCGCGAGAGAGAGAGAGAGAGGCGCGAGAGAGAGAGAGAGAGAGGCGCGAGAGAGAGAGAGAGAGGCGCGCGAGAGAGAGAGAGAGAGAGGCGCGAGAGAGAGAGAGAGAGAGGCGCGAGAGAGAGAGAGAGAGGCGCGAGAGAGAGAGAGAGAGGCGCGAGAGAGAGAGAGAGAGGCGCGAGAGAGAGAGAGAGAGGCGCGAGAGAGAGAGAGAGAGGCGCGAGAGAGAGAGGCGCGAGAGAGAGAGAGAGAGGCGCGAGAGAGAGAGAGAGGCGCGAGAGAGAGGCGCGAGAGAGAGAGAGAGGCGCGAGAGAGAGAGGAGAGAGUCUCCUGACAGAAUGUACACCUUUUGGAAGCAGUGGAGCCACAGGAAGUGUCAAACUGAUGGCCUGUGUGUUGUUUUAUUUUGCACAGUUCAAAUACUCCUUUUACAGGCUGACAUUACUGUGAUACUUUGGGUGAAUUAAGUUGUAACUAUGAAGGGUUCAUUUUAUUUGUGUUUAUUAUUUUUUCCUGAAUCAUGUGUUUCUCAUUUAGAAAAGACUGAACACCGGAGUGCAGUUGUUGUAAUUGAUAUUGUCUCCUUUUGUUGAUGUCCUGGUUCGGUCCAGUGGUGGGACAGACAGGCUUUUUGUUUCAUUUAAUCACACUGUAAACAGAAUGUUUGACUAGAUUUUAGAGAAUUGACUUCAAAUACCGCUAGCCAUAGAUGAGUUAUCUUAUUUAGAACGUCAUCGUCAUAAUUCAUACCACAAUCAUACCUGAUUUUGAUUCAACAGCUUUUUAAAACGCUUCCAUUCUAAUUUUAUAUAACGUGUGUAAAUACAACCAAUCUUGCUGUGUAGCGAAGAUGAUUUGAACGUGAAGGCAUUCUGUGUGACCAACAAUGAUUUAGGGAUGCUGUGGUACUGGUUUAGAAGUCUCCCUAGCACUGCCUGGUUCCCAGCGCUAGACCCCUCUCAUGACAUCCCCUUCCUAAUUUCUGUCUAGGCACAUGGACCAUUUCAUACAUAAUGUCAACAUGGAAGGGGGUCACAGAAUGGUUAGAUAAGCAGUAGUGCGGACACUGAAGGAUUUCAAAGCUUGAUGUAGUGUAAAGCUUUAAACCAUUUUAAGUAACGUUUAAACAAGCCAGUAUCUUACAAAUGUAAGACGUAUCGUUCAGUUUUGAUUGAUUUAAGUUUGCUGUGAUUUUUGCAUUAGCAGCAGGUCCUGGAUCACAACAUGGUUUCCACACAUUUCCUUCAGCCUGGCCAUUAGUCUGAAGAAUACAGUGGGCCUCAAGCAGGAGUGUCUAGUUUUCCCCUAUUUCUUUACUAAACUAGUUAGUUACCUCUGUGUCUGUAUAGCUGGGCCUGUGUAGAUGUGGGUGGGUGUGUGUGUGUGUGUGUGUGUGUGUGUGUGUGUGUGUAUGUAGUGAAAUACAUGUCUAAUAGGGAAGGCAAAGCAUUCCCUGGCAGAUUUGAGUGGUACAUGAUCAGUUUGAUCACUUGUUAGUCUGAGCUUUCAGAACAAGUCUUGUUUAAGUGCAUUCUGUUUUGGACCCUGUGUUUCUGAUAUACAGGUAACUGCCGAAACAAAGGACACCUUGAGUAAAUGAGGGAUACUAAGUACACUAUAUAUACAAAAGUAUGUCAAAAUAGUGUAUUUUUGUCAAUUUUAGCCACACCCAUUGCUGACGGGUGUAUAAAAUAAAUGCACACAGCCAUGCAGUUUCCAUAGACAAACAUUGUCAGUCGAAUCCCCUUACUGAAGAGCUCUGACUUUCAACGUGACACCCGCCAUAGGAUGCCACCUUUCCAACAAGUCAGUUCGUCAAGUUUAUGAGCUGCCCCAGUCAACUGUAAGUGCUGUUAUUGUGAAGCGGAAACGUCUAGGAGCAACAACGGCUCAGCCGCGAAGUGGUAGACCACACAAGCUCACAGAACGGGACCGCUGUGUGCUAAAGCGUGGCUCGUUGGAGGGCCCAACGCCUUAUUAAGGCACUUCAUGUUGGUAUUGUCUUGAUUUGGGCAGUUACCUGUAUAUUCUCUGCAUGGACAGCCAUUGAGUAUACAUGAGUAUGGUGAUGGAUAGUCCUGGUGCUCGGAGUUAGCAACAUGUUAGCUUAGCUACUGGACCACCGGCCUAAUUCUGAUUCCGGUGACAUUUCGUAACUCCACAAGAAAAUAAUAAGCUAUAAUUCAGUUUUGUGGUACAGAAGUUUUAUUUCUUAACCUGUAUUUUUUUUCUUUUUCCGAUGAAGGCAAAGUUGGCUCUUAUUUUAUACUGAAUAAAAAUAUAAACGCAACAUGUAACAAUUUCAUCGAUUGUACUGAGUUACAGUUCAAAUAAGGAAAUCAGUGCAUUGAAAUACCCUUUUUUUGUAGGCCCUAAUCUAUGGAUUUCACAUGACUGGGCAGGGGUGCAACCAUGGGUGGGCCUGGGAGGGUGUAGGCCCUAAUCUAUGGAUUUCACAUGACUGGGCAGGGGUGCAACCAUGGGUGGGCCUGGGAGGGUGUAGGCCCUAAUCUAUGGAUUUCACAUGACUGGGCAGGGGUGCAACCAUGGGUGGGCCUGGGAGGGUGUAGGCCCUAAUCUAUGGAUUUCACAUGACUGGGCAGGGGUGCAACCAUGGGUGGGCCUGGGAGGGUGUAGGCCCUAAUCUAUGGAUUUCACAUGACUGGGCAGGGGUGCAACCAUGGGUGGGCCUGGGAGGGUGUAGGCCCUAAUCUAUGGAUUUCACAUGACUGGGCAGGGGUGCAGCCAUGGGUGGGCCUGGGAGGGUGUAGGCCCUAAUCUAUGGAUUUCACAUGACUGGGCAGGAGUGCAGCCAUGGGUGGGCCUGGGAGGGUGUAGGCCCUAAUCUAUGGAUUUCACAUGACUGGGCAGGGGUGCAACCAUGGGUGGGCCUGGGAGGGUGUAGGCCCUAAUCUAUGGAUUUCACAUGACUGGGCAGGGGUGCAACCAUGGGUGGGCCUGGGAGGGUGUAGGCCCUAAUCUAUGGAUUUCACAUGACUGGGCAGGGGUGCAGCCAUGGGUGGGCCUGGGAGGGUGUAGGCCCUAAUCUAUGGAUUUCACAUGACUGGGCAGGAGUGCAGCCAUGGGUGGGCUUGGGAGGGCGUAGGCCCACCCACUGGGGAGCCAAGCACAGCCAAUCAGAAUGUAGUUUUUACAGCAACAAAAGGGCUUUAUAACAGACAGAAAUACUCCUUUCAUCAGCUGUCCGGGUGUCUGGUCUCAGACGAUCCCGCAGGUGAAGAAGCCGGAUGUGGAGGUCCUGAGCUGGCUUGGUUACACGUGGUCUGUGGUUAUGAGGCCGGUUGGACUUACUGUCAAAUUCUCUAAAAUGACGAUGGAGGCUUAUGGUCGAGAAAUUAACAUUCAAUUCUCUGGCAACAGCUCUGGUGGACAUUCCUGCAGUUAGCAUACCAAUUGUGCGCUCCCUCAAAUCUUGAGACAUCUGUGGCAUUGUGUUGUGUAACAGAACUGCACAUUUAAGUGUCCUUUUUAUUGUCCCCAGCACAAGGUGUACCUUUUUGUAAUGAUCAUGCCGUUUUAAUCAGCUUCUUGAUAUGCUACACCAGUCAGGUGGCUGGAUUAUCUUGGCUAAGGAGAAGGGCUCACUAACAGGGACGAAAAACAAAUUUUAGACCAAAAUUUGCGAGAAAUAAGAUUUUUGUGCGUAUGGAAUAAUUAUGGGAUCUUUUAUUUCAGCUCCUGAAACAUGGGACCGACACUUUACAUGUUGCAUUUUAUAUUGUUGUUCUGUAAAGAACUGGUACUCUAAUCAUUUUUUUGCCGUUAUAACACCGACAUUGUGUAGCAGUAGUUGGCGACCUAAUUUAUUUUAAAUUUCAUUUCAACCUGGUUAACCAAAGACAUUUUCAUAUUUGACCUAAUGCUUUAUGGUGUCCUAUUCAAACUGAUAUGAAAAAGGUUAUUUUUGGAGAUGAUGUGAUGGAGAAUCAUUGAUUGAUUUGAAGAUUCAUCAAAGGUCCAUGUUUUUAAAGAUGUGAGUGAUGUCACUGGUCUGAGAGAUGAUUCAUCAAAGAUCCAUGUUUUUAAAGAUGUGAGUGAUGUCACUGGUCUGAGAGAUGAUUCGUCAAAGAUCCAUGUUUUUAAAGAUGUCCCCAUUUCUAAACUCUUACAUUUCCUCUAGCUCUACUGGACUAGUGGAAUCUGAAUCGCUCAUGUCUUACUCAAACAAGAGAGCCGUGUGUGUGUGUUAGAAUACCCCCUCAAUGUUAUCAAUAUUGCCUAACUGAAAGGUUAUCUAGAAGAAGUGUGAUGAUCCUUAAUGUAUAAAGAACCAAGAUCAUGUUGUGUACUGCCAAUUACCACUAGUCACUUUGGAUAGUAGCAUACUUGAAGGGGAAAUGAAUGUCCUUAAUAAUGCUUAGUAAUGUGUGGUUGGUUCUAACUUUUAACACUUUCAGUCUAAUAUCUUAUUUAAAAUCGUUUGUAGCAGCACACAGCAAGGAUGAUUUUUGUGCCGUUGUAUUUUAUUCACCGUCAGAUGUAGAGACCUAAAGACGCAUGAAACUGCUGCCUUAAGAGAAAUCAGCUUUUUAGGAAUAAAUGUUUUUCAAACAA